AUGGCAGGAGAAAGCACCUUUGUCAUCCUCAACUUGGACUUGGCACAUGAGAUGUUUAAAACAAAGCAGGUACCUCCAAGACACCAGAAGCAACUCCACAGCACCCGUCAUGGCUCUUCACCUGGUUUUGUCCUGAAUGCUCAUGGUGAACAGUCAGCUGUCUCUUUGGCAGUGGUACCCACUUUCCUGGAGCAUGGAAUUAUUUGGAGAGGCUCACUCAAUUUUGUUAGCCUCUCAGCCCUGCCGCACUGGAACUGUCCUGAAGGCUCUCCCUCUGGAAAUGGGAAUUCUACUUGUGCAGGUCUUGUGCCCUUCUUAAUUUUCUCCCAUGGAAAUAGUAUCUUUAGGAUUGACUUGGAAGGAAUGAAUUACGAACAGUUGGUGGCAGAUGCUGGUGUAUCAGUGAUCACGGAUUUUUGUUACAAUGAAGGAAGAAUCUAUUGGGUUGAUCUACAAAGACAACUCUUGCAGAAGGCAAAAGGUGCUAGAAGAAAAAAAGUAUGCGAUAUAAAUAAAAAUGUUUCAGGAAUGGCAAUAAAUUGGAUCAAUGAAGAACUGAUUAGGUCAAAUCAACAGGAAGGAAUCAUUACAGUAACUGAUAUGAAAGGAAACAAUUCCCGGGUUCUCUUAAGUGCCUUAAAAUAGCCUACAAAUAUAGCAAUUGAUCCAGUAGCAAGGUUUAUGUUUUGGUCUUCAGAGGUGGCUGGCAGCCUUCACAGAGCAGCUCUUGGUGGUAUGGAAGUGAAGCUUCUGUUAGAGACAUUGGGGAAAAUAGCAGCUGUAUCAUUGGAUGAGCUUGAUAAGCAGCUCUUUUGGAUUCAGUACCACAGAGAAGGAGGUGAUCCUUGUAUUUGUUCCUGUGAUUAUGAUGGAGGUUCUGUCCUUUUUAGCAAAUACCCCCUGUGGCACAACCUGCUUGCAGCAUCCCUCUUUGGUGAUCGUAUCUUCUAUCCAACAUGGAAAAAGAAGACAAUCUGGAUAGCUAACAAGCACACAGGGAAGCAUAUGGUUAAAAUCACCCUCAACUUGUCAUUUGUGCCACCCAAUGGAAUUAAAGUGGUUCAUCCACUCGUACAGCCCAAGGCAGAGCGUGAUGCUUGGGCAUCUGCUAUUGCGAAUAAUGCUGCUAAAAAUUUGAAGAACUUUUCCAAUCAGGUGUAUGAUUUCCCUGAGGAGCAUCUUUUAUUAAAAAAGAUCAGAAACUGCAAAGUGAAGAAAGGCAACUGCAGCCGCAGCAUGUGUGAGCAAGAGCCUAAGUCCCAAGUGUGCAUGUGUGCCACUUUAAGCCAAGAUGGAAAGAACUGUGAAGAUGUCAGUGAGUGUGCUUUUCGGAAUCAUGGCUACACAGAGGACUGUGAAAAUAUCCCUGUUUUUAUUCUUAUAUGCUUUGCCCAUACAGUCCUGAAGUGGAUAGAAAGAGCUAAUAUGGAUGGUUCCCAGCGAGAAAGGCUUAUCGAGGAAGAAGUAGGUUUAGCAGAAGGUCUUGCUGUUGACUGGAUUGGCCGUAAACUCUACUGGACAGACAGAGGGAAAUCUCUCAUUGAAGGGAGUGAUUUAAAUGGAAAAUAUCAUGAAAUAAUCAUUAAAAAGGGCAUCUCUCAGCCACGAGGAAUUGCUGUUCAUCCAAUGGCCAAGAGAUUAUUCUGGACUGACAUGGGAAUUAAUCCACGAAUUGAAAGUUCUUCUCUUCAAGGCAGUGGCUGACUGGUUAUAGCUAGCUCAGAUCUGGUCUGGCCCAGUGGAAUAGCAAUUAAUUACUUAACUGACAAGUUGUAUUGGUGCAAUGCCAAGCAGUCUGUGAUUGAAAUGUCCAGUCUGGAUGGCUUGAAAUGCCAAAGACUUGCCCAGAAGGAUGCAGGUCACCCAUUUUCUGUGGCUAUGUUUGAGGAUCCUGUGUGGUUCUCUGAUUGGAGUAUGCCAUCGAUAAUAAGGACGAACAAGAGGACUGGCAAAAAUAGUGUAUGUCUCCAAGGCAGCAUGCUGAAGCCCUCAUCUCUGGUUGUAGUUCAUCCAUUGGCAAAACCAGGAGCAGAUCCCUGCUUACAUCGAAAUGGAGGCUGUGAACAUAUUUGCAAAGAGAGAUUUGGAACUGCUCAGUGUUUGUGUCGUGAAGGUUUUGUGAAAGCUCCAGAUGGAAAAAUGUGUCUGGCUCUCGAUGGCCAUCGGAUAUUGGCAGGUAGUGAAGCCAAUCUGAGUAGUGAAGUUGCACCACUGGACGUCUUAGCCGGUAGCAGAGAGCUUGACUAUAACAUGAGGCACCUGCUAGUGGCCGAGAUCAUGGUGUCAGGCCUUGCCUAUAACAUGCAGAUAAUAAAGACUGAUGCCAUGGGAUGCAGUACACGGGCUGAGUGUGUUUCAGAGGGAGCGGAUGUCACAUGUCAGUGUUUGAAAGGAUUUGCUGGAGAUGGAAAACAAUGUUCUGAUGUAGAUGAAUGUGAGAUGGGUCUCUUAGUUUGCCCUCCCACCUCCUCCAAGUGUGUCAGUACAGAAGGUGGCUAUGUCUGAAGGCUACCAGUAUCAGAAGGCUACCAGGGAGAUGGAAUCCACUGUCUGGAUAUUGAUGAGUGCCGACUGGGUGUGCACAGCUGUGGGGAAAAUGCCACCUGAACAAAUAUGGAGGGAAACUACACUUUCAUGUGUGCUGGCGACUUGUCUGAGCCUGGACAGGUUUGCCCUGACUCUACUCCGCCGUCUCACCUUGGGAAGAAUGGACACAAUUUUUUGAAAAAUCGUUUCCCUGAAUGUUCCCUGAAUUUUGAAGGGUACUGCCUCAGUGGUGGUAUCUACUUCGAUGGGUGGGAUCUGCACUGUGCUGGCCGUAGGCAUCAGCGGAAUGUCAGCCCGGUGGCUGUCUGCGUGCUGCUGCUGGCUUUCCUGCUGCUCCUGGGGCUGUGCAGAGCUCACUACUACUACCGGUCAGCAGCUGCAGCAGCUCAUGACUUAAUCCUUAUAGAGGACUCAGAAGUGGCUAUUAAAAAUCCAAAGAAUCCUUGUGAAGAACCAAGCGGAGAUGUGAUCUGUAGCAGGCCUGCAGAUGGCGAGGCUGGGAUGCCUUCUUGCCCCCAACCUUGGUUCGUGGUUGUAAAGGAACAUUAAAACCUUGGAAAUGGGAGUCCACCCGAGGCCCUCAAGGAAGGCCUGGCAGCAGAUUUUGGCCAGUUUCCCCCCCUGGAUCCUGCGUCCUUGGAACAGUCAUCAUGGAGAAUGGAGCCCCAGAUGCAUAUGGGCACAGAACACGGAAGCUGUAUUGCAUCAUCCAAUGAUAGAGGCUCCGGUGACCAGGGGAUGAAGUGUAGCUUUCAUCUUAUCUCUGAAGGGGCAUGGCCCAUUGCUGAGGGGAUUGAGAAAUCCUGUCCUCUCCCAUCAGCUCACCCUUUGUGGCAACAAAGAUCUCCACACCAAAUGGAGCUGAUUCAGUGA